AUGAGUGGAGAACUGCGGCCGAUCUCAAGAUUAAAUAUGGGACAAACGUUUGGCCACUGGGUAAUGAGUGACGCGGACAGGCUUCACUUAAGCCGUGGUUCCAGAAGAUGGGAUAGUGAGGACGGGCUUCACUUAAGGUGUGCGUUACCAGUUGCCCUCCAAGCCUCAACAGAAACUCGCAACCGUACGAUGGACACGAGCGACUCGGAGGAUCACUUACUUCCGCGACGGGACCCUUUCCCCCAGCAAUUGUCAGAGGCAGCCAAGGCGUUGCCCCACUUUACCACGGCCUACGCCCAAUUCCGCGAGGCCGCAAACUCUGUUGAUCUACACGUCGAAGCCCCAGAAAUUAUGAAGCGGUUCGUGGGAGACUUUCAAUUUGGGGAGGACCCCAAAGGCGUCCUCUUCUACGAUUCGUUUGCAAACAUCGGUGUAGUUCAAUACACAGUUGUAUACUACCAGGGAGCAGCGUCCUCGAAAACUGGGCCUUUGCGCCGUAAGCUGGUUGCGAGAUUUAUUGCAAGGGUUGACACCAAGAAAUACAAACUUCCUCCCAUCCGUCUCGGACGAGGCCAAGGUGAAUGGGCGAACUUCAGCGCUGCAACAUCCCCGGCGGACGUCCUCCGACAGGACGAGUCGGACCGACUCUAUAUACAAUUCCCGUGUAUCGCGAAGGAAGUAUAUUUUGCCACCAACAAGAAGUCGAGGAUCAAAGGCUCUGGGAUAUUAAUUUUCCGCAAUAUUACCGAGCUUAAGACGGAUACCUCUCCGUCGGACGACGAUACAAUAUUAGCUUACUACUCGCCCGACAAAAUUGUGUUCUUCCUCAAAACCACCGGAGAGGAUGAGGGGAGUACAGCGUUGAAGGAAGUUGGUCUAUUCCUCCCUGAUCUUCCUUUGAAAGAUAUUGGUCAACCAAAUGUUGCUCAAUUGCCCGAGACGACGUGGUUGGAGUAUAAAGAGCCUGAGCCUAGUGACACCUAG